UGUAAGUAAGACUAGAGAGUUACGAAUCUCGAUACGUCUCUUGAAGGAGCAUUUCUUGAAUUUCAAGUUUGGUUACAGGCUUUUAUAUGGGUAAAGGAAGAGUUUUGGUUUAAGGAGGAAGAUAAAGAAACCACUCUGAAUUAGUUGGUGAUGUGAAUUCCUGUCGUUGACUUUGUCUUGAAGAUGCAAUUCUGGACAUACUCAUUGAACUAGUUGACAAGCAAUACAAGGUGAUCUUCUAUUCGGUAUGAUGUCUGUGGAGGGCAGCCUGGACAUGGAUAUAGAAAUGCCUGUGCCUACUGAUACGAUAAGUCAUGCAGAGGCGAAGGACGGAGCUAAAAAGAGCAAAGAAGAUGAGAAAACUAAUACAGUCCCAUUCCACAAGCUGUUCUUGUUCGCAGAUUUCACCGACAUGGUCUUGAUGCUCGUUGGUACAAUGGGUGCUGUCGGCAAUGGCUUAGGUAUGCCCCUAAUGACGGUACUUUUCGGGCAACUGAUUGAUUCAUUUGGAACUAACCAGCACAACAAAGAUGUGGUGCAUCGUGUUUCCAAGAUAUCUCUAAAGUUUAUCUACCUGGCAGCAUUUACUGGUGUGACGGCAUUUCUUCAGGUUACUUUCUGGAUGGUCACAGGAGAGAGACAGGCUGCUCGGAUAAGGGGAUUGUAUCUGCGGGCGAUAUUGAGACAGGACAUUGCCUUUUUUGAUAAGGAAACAAAUAAAGGAGAGGUUGUGGGAAGAAUGUCUGGUGAUACCGUUCUUAUACAAGAUGCCAUGGGUGAGAAGGUUGGAAAAUUUAUACAGCUCAUGUCAACGUUCUUCGGAGGAUUCGUUAUCGCAUUUAGUAAAGGGUGGCUACUUACUUUGGUCAUGUUAUCGUCCAUUCCUCCCAUCGUGGUUUCUGGUGGCUUCAUGUCCCUGAUCAUAGGCAAGAUGGCAUCACGGGGACAAAGUGCUUAUGUGAAAGCGGCAAAUGUUGUUGAACAAACAAUUGGGUCAAUUAGAACUGUAGCAUCAUUUACCGGGGAAAAGCUGGCGAUAGCAAACUACAACAAGUUCCUUGAGGAUGUAUACAAGUCGGGAAUUCACGCAGGCAUGGCCACUGGAUUAGGUCUUGGUGCAGCCAUGUCGAUUCUCUUCUUCAGUUAUGCAUUGGCAAUAUGGUUUGGAGGAAAGAUGAUUCUGGAAAAAGGAUAUACGGGGGGCGAAGUACUUAAUGUCAUCAUGGCUGUCUUAGCCGGUUCAAUGUCCUUAGGACAGGCUUCUCCAUGCUUGAGUGCAUUUGCCACUGGUCAAGCCGCGGCAUUUAAGAUGAUUGAGACCAUCAACAGGAAGCCAGAGAUUGAUUCUUGUGACACCCGUGGGAAGACGUUAAAUGGAAUUCAUGGAGAUAUAACUCUUAAGGAUGUUUACUUCAGCUACCCAGCCAGACCUUAUGAGCUGAUAUUCAAUAGAUUCUCCCUUUACAUACCGAGCGGGAUGACUGCCGCCUUGGUUGGACAAAGUGGAAGCGGAAAGUCUACCGUGAUCAGCCUGAUAGAGAGGUUCUACGAUCCACAAGCAGGUGAAGUGCUCAUCGACGGCGUAAAUCUGAAGGACUUUCAGCUCAAAUGGAUACGGAGUAAGAUCGGCCUUGUGAGCCAGGAACCUGUGUUAUUUGCAUCGAGUAUCAAGGAUAAUAUUUUGUAUGGCAAAGAGAAUGCAACCAUCGAAGAAAUAAGAGCUGCUACUGAACUAGCCAAUGCUGCUAAAUUCAUUGAUAAAUUGCCCAAGGGACUGGACACAAUGGUCGGUGAACACGGUACUCACCUCUCUGGAGGACAGAAGCAAAGAGUCGCCAUUGCAAGAGCAAUUCUAAAAGAUCCUAGGAUUUUGCUUUUAGAUGAGGCCACAAGCGCACUCGAUGCAGAAUCGGAGAAGAUAGUACAAGAGGCUUUGGACAGGAUAAUGGCUAAUCGAACCACCAUCAUUGUAGCACACCGUUUGAGCACCGUUAGGAACGCUGAUAUGAUCGCUGUCAUUCAUCAAGGAAAGAUAGUGGAGAGAGGUACACACUUGGAACUGCUAGCAGAUCCCGAUGGAGCAUAUGGUCAUCUAAUACGCCUCCAGCAAGUAAGCAAAGAGCAACACCAAGCAACAGAUUACCAAAACAAACAAGAAAAUAUCCUUGACAGUAGUCAAUCGAGUCAAAGAAUGUCCUUGAGGUCCGUAAGUCGGGGAUCAUCAGGUGUGGGAAAUAGCAGCAGCCACUUCAGUCUGCCCACGGGAUUAGAUGUCCCUGAUGGUGCACCCGCAAAUCCAGAGUUCUCUUCCUUAGAGAAAACAGAAACUGCUGCAGAAGUUUCUAUCCAUCGGCUCGCAUAUCUUAAUAAGCCAGAAGUUCCUAUGCUACUAAUAGGAUCUAUAUUUGCAAUCAUUGCUGGUGUGAUAUUCCCCAUUUUUGGCGUACUAUUAUCUAAUGUGAUCAAGACAUUUUAUGAAGCGCCUCAUAAACUAAGGAAAGAUUCAAAGUUUUGGGCGUUGAUGUUCAUGACUCUUGGCCUGUUAUCAUUAGUAGCAUAUCCAGUGAGGACGUACUUCUUCUCGAUAGCAGGUUGCAGAUUAAUCCAGCGGAUAAGAUCAGUGUGCUUUGAGAAGGUGGUGCACAUGGAGGUGGGUUGGUUCGAUGAGCCGGAGCACUCCAGUGGCGUCAUUGGUGCAAGACUCUCAGGAGAUGCAGCGACAGUGCGGGCCCUAGUUGGGGAUGCAUUAUCCCAGCUCGUUCAAAACAGCGCGUCUGCAGUUGCUGGUUUAGUCAUUGCUUUUGCAGCUAGCUGGCAAUUGGCGCUUAUCGUCCUUGUUUUGCUCCCUCUGAUAUUUGUUAAUGGGUAUGUCCAGGUAAAAUUCAUGAAAGGGUUCAGCGCAGAUGCCAAGAUGAUGUACAAGGAAGCCAGUCAAGUAGCUGCCGAUGCAGUUGGAAGCAUCAGGACAGUUGCUUCUUUUUGUUCUGAAGAAAAGAUCAUGGAACUGUAUGCUAAGAAAUGCGAAGGGCCAGUGAAGGAAGGAAUUAGGCAAGGGUUGAUUAGCGGAGUUGGGUUUGGCCUAUCGUGUUUCUCACUUUUUGUGACCUACGGAACCUGCUUCUACGCUGGAGCUCGACUUGUCCAGGAUGGCAAGACAACAUUUUCAGAAGUUUUCCGCGUGUUUCUUGCCCUGACGAAUGCGGCCAAUGCAAUUACUCACUCAAGCUCCAUCACUCAGGACUCCACCAAAGCCAGAAGCGCAACUGCCUCAAUUUUUGAAAUAAUUGACAGAGAAUCAAAAUUAGACCCGAGUAAUGAGUCUGGAGAAACACUAGAAAAUGUUAAGGGAGAAAUAGAGUUUUGUCACAUCAGCUUCAAGUAUCCUUCUCGACCGGAUGUUCAAAUUUUCAAAGAUCUUAGCUUGACCAUACAUUCUGGCAGAACUGUUGCUUUAGUAGGAGAGAGCGGGAGUGGGAAAUCGACUGUAAUAGCUCUGUUGCAACGGUUUUAUGACCCCGAUUCUGGUCACAUUACCCUUGAUGGGAUCGAAAUUCAGAAGCUACAGUUAAAGUGGUUUAGGCAGCAGAUGGGCCUUGUGAGCCAAGAACCAGUUCUGUUCAAUGACACAAUCCGUGCCAAUAUAGCCUAUGGAAAGGAUGGAGAGGCAACGGAAGCGGAGAUAUUGGCUGCAUCAGAGUUGGCAAAUGCCCAUAAGUUUAUCAGUAGUUUGCAACAGGGUUAUGACACAUUAGUAGGUGAGCGUGGAGUGCAGUUGUCUGGUGGGCAGAAGCAGCGGGUGGCCAUUGCACGAGCCAUAGUGAAGGAUCCAAAGAUACUCCUUCUAGACGAGGCUACUAGUGCAUUGGAUGCUGAAGCUGAAAGAGUGGUUCGAGAUGCAUUAGACAAAGUCAUGGCCAAUAGAAGAACUACAGUUAUAGUGGCGCACAGAUUAUCAACAAUAAAAAACGCAGACGUGUUUGCGGUUGUCAAAAAUGGAGUAAUCACUGAGAAAGGAAAGCACGACUCACUGAUUAAUAUCAAAGACGGCUUCUACGCGUCCUUGGUUUCUCUUCACAUAAGCGCAGCAUCAUCCUAAUUGUGUUUUGUGCAAGCUAUUUUGGUUAUGUCCUAUUUUCCCAUGUAGAUGCCACUAUAAAAAGAUGCAUAUUCGUUAUGGCAUAGUUUUGUUAUAUGCCCCAUCUAAGGAAAAAAGAAUUGUAAGAAUAUGUUCAGCAACAUCAAAACUGCGAUGAAUAUGUUUGUUUAAGUUUAGCAAUUAAAAGGAGUGGAUUUAAGUUUCCUGAAGUUAUAUGUGGUGGGGU